AUGGCAUCAACUGUCCAAUGUCAUGACGACGAGAGCCAUGCCUUGUUGCAGUUCAAGGAAAGCCUUGUCAUUAAUGAGUCUGCUUCGUCUGAUCCUUCUGGUUAUCCGCAUCAUGGAGAGUUGAUAGCGAAUGUGCUGAUUGCUGCUCAUGGGAUGAUGUUGAAUGCGAUAGAUUUUCAUGACAUGUUUAGUCCUGUCAUCAAACUUUCUACUGUUCGUAUGCUUCUUACAAUUGCUGUUUCUUUCAACUGGGACAUUAGGCAGCUUGACGUGCUCUUAUGGACACUGAUCAUUAACCUCCGCGUGAACAUGAUGGUGGUGAAGACUGGUAGUGUAUGGAAGCAUGUUGAUGCAGUGGGCAACCAUUGCCAGCUUGAGUUAUUGUUGCUCAAAGGAACAAGUUUCUCUAGUCAUCUACCGGAAUCGAUUGGUAACCUCAAAUCAUUGAAAGAAUUUGAUGUGGGAGAUUGUCAUUUUUCAGGGGUGAUACCAUCUUCAAUCGGUAAUCUUACGAAACUGAACUUUAUAGACCUUUCUGAUAACCGUUUCUCUGGGAAAAUCCCUUCCACAUUUGUCAACCUUCUCCAAGUUUCUUAUCUGUCGCUUUCUCACAACAAUUUCAGAUCUGGUACCAUAGAUUGGAUUGGUAAUCUAACCAAACUCAGUUUUGUAGACAUGACAGAAACCAAUUCAUAUGGUAAUAUUCCAUCCUCUCUUAGAAACUUGAUUCAGCUCACGUCCUUAACGCUUCAGGGAAAUAAAUUAACUGGUCAAAUUCCAUCUUGGAUAGGAAACCAUACCCAAUUAAUCUCACUAUGCCUUGGUGCCAACAAACUGCACGGUCCGAUUCCUGAGUCUAUUUAUAGGCUUCAAAAUCUUGAAUAUCUUGACCUAGCAUAUAACUUCUUUAGUGGUACUUUGGAUUUGAACCUUCUUCUUAAGUUCAGAAACCUUGUUUCACUCCAGUUAUCGUAUAACAAUCUGUCUCUGCUUAAUAGCAACAAUGCUACCAUUCCUCCGCCACAGUUUGAACUCUUGACGUUGAGUGGAUACAAACUAGGUGAAUUUCCCAGUUUCUUGCGUGAUCAAAACCAUUUGGAGCUUUUAGAUCUUGCCGAUGACAAACUGGAGGGACACAUACCCAAAUGGUUUAUGAACAUGAGUACCAUAACGCUUGAGUCUCUAUGUCUGACUGGCAACCUUCUGACUGGAUUUGAGCAAUCCUUUGACGUUCUUCCAUGGAAGAAUCUACGCUCACUGCAACUUUAUUCGAACAAGCUCCAAGGAUCCCUUCCAAUUCCACCACCAGCAAUCUUCGAAUAUAAAGUCUGGAACAACAAAUUUACAGGAGAACUACCAAAAGCUUUUUGCGAUCUGACUUCGCUUUCUGUCCUUGAAUUGUCAAAAAACAAUUUGAGCGGCAAACUUCCGCCGUGCUUGGGCAACAAAAGCAGCACUGCUUCAGUUCUGAAUCUGCGCAACAAUAGUUUCAGCGGUGAUAUUCCUGAAACAUUCACAAGGGGCUGCUCAUUGAGGGUCGUUGAUUUCAGUCAAAACAAACUGGAGGGGAAGAUACCAAAAUCAUUAGCCAAUUGCACCGAGCUAGAGAUUCUCAAUCUUGAACAAAAUGAGAUAAAUGAUGUCUUUCCUUCUUGGUUGGGUGUUCUUCAUCAUUUGAGGGUUAUGAUACUGAGAUCUAAUGGGCUUCAUGGUGUGAUUGGGAAACCUAAAACCAACGUUGAAUUUCCGAGGUUACAGAUUGUUGACCUCUCCAACAACAGUUUUAAGGGUAAGUUGCCACUUGAAUAUUUCCGAAAUUGGACAGCCAUGAAAACAGUCCACAAGGAACACUUGAUUUACAUGCAAGUAAACACAAGUUUCAAUAUAUCUGAUUAUUCAAUGAGAAUUCAAUAUCAAUUGUCAAUGACAAUGACAAACAAAGGUGUGAUGAGACUAUAUGAGAAGAUUCAAGAUAGUCUCAGUGCUAUCGACCUCUCAAGCAAUGGUUUUGAAGGAGGAAUUCCAGAGGGCCUCGGAGAUCUCAAAGCACUUCAUUUGCUCAAUCUCUCCAACAACCUUCUCAGUGGUGGCAUCCCUUCAUCCUUGUCCAACUUGAAAGAGCUUGAAGCCUUGGACCUUUCUCAGAACAAACUCUCGGGAGAGAUUCCUGUCCAAUUUGCACAGCUCACCUUCCUCGAGGUCUUUAAUGUGUCUCACAAUCUUCUCUCAGGUCCGAUACCACGAGGAAACCAAUUCGGAGCAUUUGACAACACGUCAUUUGAUGCGAAUCCAGGAUUGUGUGGGGAGCCGUUGUCAAAAGAAUGUGGAAAUGAUGAGGACUCGCUGCCAGCAGCUAAAGAAGAUGAGGGCUCGGGAUUUCCACCUGAAUUUGGUUGGAAGGUGGUGGUGAUAGGUUAUGCAAGUGGAUUGGUAAUUGGACUGAUUCUUGGAUGCGCUAUGAACACAAGGAAGUAUGAAUGGCUGGUGAAGAAUUAUUUUGCGAGGUGGCAAUACAAGGGUCAAGAUUUGAAGACUCGCCUGCGUAGAAGUUGAUCUCUAAUUAUUAAGGUGUUUUCUAGUUUGUCAAUCAUAGUAAGAUUGUAUUUUCUUUUCCUUGUCUUCUCUUUCUUAAUUUUCACUUGUAAGGAUAACAGUGAUUUUCUCUUGGAUGGUCCGUUAAUUUCAUAUACUAAAAAUAAGAUGGUAUGCUGAAUAAA